UCACACCUGUAAGCUUUGGCACAGGAGCACCUGAGCAAACUUGCGCCUUUAGGACAGUGGCUGGACUGGAGUUACAUACAGAAGCCGAGAACAGACCUGAGCCACUGCACAGAAGCUGAGGGAGAAUUAGAGAGGGGAGUCUGGAGCUAUCUUUUACCCCUUGGCAGAAGCCGGGAGAGAGUCAGAGAGAAGUCCAUGAUCUGAGUGCCAAGCAGCAAGUUCCUCUUGUAUCUCUGAGCCUCCCGCUCCCUUCCUUUGCCCUGCAGGCCUGGGGGAGAUGAGCAGUUCAUCAGAGCACCGAUCCCUUGGGAAACAAGUCACGAGCAGUCUACAAACGCUGUCACCGAUCGUGGAGUUAAACAUUGGCGGGGAGGUGUACACAACAACGCUAAGCACCCUGAAGAAACACCCUGGCUCCAAGCUGGCAGACAUGUUUACUGGCCAGCCCAAGCUCAGGACUGACUCAGAGGGGAGGUUCUUCAUUGACAGGCCAGGCACUUAUUUUAAGUACAUCUUGGAAUACCUCCGCAGUAACCAGGUGCCCACCCAGUGCAUCCAGGACGUGUAUAAAGAGGCAGUGUUCUAUGACAUUGAGCCUCUGGUCAAGCAGCUGGAGGACUCCCCUCAGAUUUUUGGGGAGGUUGUGGCAAGGAAGCAGUUUCUGGCCCGUGUGCCCUACUACAGUGAGAACAUUGAGCUGAUGAUUCGCAUCGCCCGGGCGGAGGCAGUAGCAUCCCGUCACUCCAGCGUCACAGUGUGUGUGGUCAGGACCGAGGAGGAUGCAGCCAAGUGUCACAACGCCCUGAACAGCUUGGACAUGGAUAAGAAAUCGGUGGUGAAGUUCGGCCCCUGGAAGGCGACGCCGAGCAUUUCUGACCUUUUGGAUUGCAUUAAAAUGGACAUUGAAGCCAAAGGAUACAAGAUUUCCUUCCAGCCCCACGUCACAGAGAAAGGCUUUCGGUUCAAAUCCUACGACUUCUUCUACAAAUUUCUGUUCACCUGGUGGUAGCAAAAGGGAACUCUUAGCAGUGAUUUUUAAACGGCUAUUAAAAUAAAUAGACUUCUGUUGUUUUAAUACAGAGAAUCUCUCAACGAUCAGAUUCUGGGAUCUGGCCAAACUGCACACCUCACAAGUUGAGAUGUGUGCACAAUGGGGGUGUUAAGCCUCCCCACCCUCAUGCUAUUCCAAAACUGAGUCAAUCGUAUACAGGCCUGGUCUUCCAGUGUAAGUCAGAGCAGUCUUAGACUGAUUGCUAACUGCCCUGAGGGGCAGAAACCACAGUUGGGACCAGAGUAAUAUAGAGUGCCCUGGCCUCAUCCUCUUUACUCUGAUCUCAUUCUGUGCAAGCAGCCAGGGCUGGGAGUAGUGUUGCCUCUGCACCAGCUCUGGGGCAAUCAUCCUGGGAUUGAAUUAACCAGAUUUACAGCCAGAAACAAUGGUUAGCGUAGUACAAAGUAGCCUUAUUGGAGGAUCUGGAACAGAAUUUUUACUGUUGCUACACAUAUACAAUAAUAGGCAGAAAGAACUUGGCUUGGAUUCCAGAUCCUUGGUCGUGUUUGCAGUACUGGGGGCAAAUCAUCUUUGUAAAGCAGUAAAUCAG